ACGCACACCGGUGAUCCCCAAAGCUAGACUCCUGACUUUGUUGGGGGAGGGGCUGCUACAGACAGAAAGGCACCGCUGACGGCUCUGUGCCUGGGUGCAGCCCGCCAUGGCCAACGAGGCUCGCCCUUGCCCGUGUGACAUCGGCCACAGGUUGGAGUACGGGGGCCUGGGCCACGAGGUGCAGGUGGAGCACAUCAGGGCCUACGUCACCCCGGCGCCCGCGGCCACCGGCAGGGCUGUGGUUGUCAUCCAGGACAUAUUCGGCUGGCAGCUGCCCAACACCAGAUACAUGGCGGACAUGAUCGCAAGCAACGGCUACACAACCAUCGUCCCGGACUUCUUCGUUGGGCAGGCGCCCUGGGACCCCUCUAGGGACUGGUCCACCUUCCCCGAGUGGCUUAAAACAAGAAAUGCCCGAAAGGUUGAUAAAGAGGUCGACGUUGUCCUCAAGUACCUGAAGCAACAGUGCCACGCCCAGAGAAUCGGCAUCGUGGGGUUCUGCUGGGGUGGAGUCGCCGUGCACCAUGUCAUGAUGAAAUAUCCAGAAUUCAGGGCAGGGGUGUCUGUCUACGGCAUCGUCAGGGACACAGAGGACGUGCACGGGCUGAGGAACCCCACGCUGUUCAUCUUCGCGGAGAACGACGCCGUGAUUCCUCUCGAGCAGGUCUCGCUGCUGACUCAGAAACUGAAAGAUCAUUGCAAAGUGGAGUACCAAAUCAAAACGUUCUCCGGGCAAACCCACGGCUUUGUGCAUCGGAAGAGAGAAGACUGCACACCUGAGGACAAGCCCUAUAUUGAUGAGGCAAGAAGGAAUUUACUUGAGUGGCUGAACAAGUACAUCUAGCCACGGCCACGUGCAAGCUGACUCAAAUAGCUUCCACCCCGAACCUUGCCUCCAGUACCUCAUCAUUUGAUUUAAUUUUCACUUCAUGUAAAACAAACCAAGAAACCUGCAGUUCACUGUCACCUGAAAUGCCAGUUCAGUAGGAAUUAAUGUAUGAAAUAACUUAAUUUCCAGCGCGUGCCUAAAUAAAAAAUAUUAGAACAG